AAUAACUGAAACCAGUCACACACAAGUCGUCAUGUCGUUAAUACAUUACUCAUGCGCAUACCUUUCGUGAAUCUGAAAAGUCGGAACGUUAAGCCAUUGCUAAAUGUGUUGAUUUCUAAGCUGCGAACACAACUUGCGUUGAUGGGUGAUAUUAACUGUUUAAAAUUAGAUCGAAUACGAAACAUUCAAAAAUUAUUAAUACAGUGAUCAACUUAAUUAUUAUUAUUAUUAUUAUUUCAAAUGUAAGAAGUGAAAAACCUUAAUGCAACACGUGUUUGACCCGAUCAGUGUAGACUACCGUCAUUAGUAUGGCUUUAUAGGUGAAGAAGUAGUAUGGGAUUUAUUUAUUUCUUAUUUUCCUCGCGUUUCCUCACAGUAACGAAACAGUGUGUUGAAAGAAGUAGACAUGAAAUUGCAACCAGCACUUCAAAUUUGUACCAUACUUCUGUGCGCUGCUCAAUUGAAGUAUAUUGAGUCAUCGGGGUUCGGAAAGUGUCCCAACUACCCCUCAAUGCCAAAGUUCAACAUGACUAAAUUUCUUGGGAAAUGGUAUGAGGUGGAAAGAUCGUUUUACCUACCAGAAAUUGCAUCCGGUUGUACCACACUUACUUUCGAAAAUACAACCAUACGUGACAUCGACGGUCGACCGCAGCUAGAAAUCGCCAUUAAAACAGUAAACCGAUGGACAGGAAACCCUUCAGUAAGCAUAGGUGAUGCUAUCACAGAGAAUGAGAAAUCUUCUAUUAUGUCGGUGCAGUUAAAAACAAGGCUUCCCAGUGCGUUGGCUAAGCUUUUGCCCGGCUCAGGAAAAUAUCAAAUCCUGUAUACCAAUUAUAAUGAUUUUGCUAUUCUCUGGUCGUGUUCCAGUUUUGUUGCCGUUUAUGCCGAUCAAAUUUGGUUACUUGGACGAGAGAGGGAUUAUUCUGCAGACACGAGAAAAAAAAUUUACAGUGCAUUGACACAGCUUAGUCUAGACCCCGAGAGAUUAUUCAUAUCCAAGAACAAUGGCUGUCCAAAUACUCUGUGAUUGCACCGGAUUUUUUUUUUUUUUUUGAAAGAAUCGAUGAUAAAUGCUCAUCGAGUAUAAAAUAAUAAUAGGAUUUGUGAUUAAUAGAUAAUGUCUGGUACAUUUUGGAAAUUAUUUUGAUAUACCAACGAAUAAGUCAACAAAUAUGACCCGCACAUAGGAAUGCUAAAGCUGAGAUUACCUAUUAUAAUAUAAAAUCAAAAUACAACGAAAAAUGCAAGCUAAAAAAAUAAAAUGUUUUGAUACCAUAA